UAACCUCAAACCUCAAUUUGAUUUUAGCGGCAAUUGCGUACGAAAUAAAAUAUAUAAUUUUAUUAGUUUAUUUAAGCUUUUUUUUACCGUUUAUUCGGUUAAUAUAUAACUUCAAUGAAGCAUGGAUUAUUUUCAGGAUGAAAACCAAGAGAAUGAUUAUUUAAUAAUGAGGAGAACUCCGCAACAGAGAAAACUCUCUUAUAGAAAUUUACUCAAUAAAGUUGAAGGAAUACAAGAAACUGAGGAUGUUGGAUUACAAACAGUAAAUGAAUUGGGGGAAGUUAUACGAGAAGCAAAUAAUUUAGACACAGAGUGGAAGAUCGACGACAGAGUGCAGUAUGCUGACGAAACGUUAUUAGAUUGUUUAGUGUUGUCAUCCGCUAGUAGUGUUUUAAAAAAAUGCAUAGAAGCUGUGGAUGUGUUCACGUCAACUUACGAACAAAGUGAAUUUACAAAUAGAAUUAUUCAACGUAUUAAAGCAGAAGACAGUGAAGAAUUUGAACCAGAUAAUCUAUUGAAACUCUUAGAAGAUGCCCGUAAUAUAAUACCUCAAGUACCUGACUACAAUUAUGUGUAUGGAACAUAUGACCUCAAUAAAGUGCCUGAACCAAAGCCUAAGAAAGAAAGAGUAAAAGCUCCAAAAGAAAAACUUCAAAAGAAAGAGCCCGAAAGAGUUACCAGUUUAGAUAAAGAAGAGAAAGGAAUAGAGGAAAUUGUCAAACUCUUGCAUGAUGUUUUAACUGAAAAGUAUAUGGAAAAUGGUGAAGAACCCAUCAGUUACUAUGAUUAUAUUAUUGACACAGACAGUUUUGCUAAUACUGUUGAAAAUAUGUUUUAUUUUGCAUUUUUAGUUCGGGAUGGAAAAGCUCAAUUGGAUUUAAAUAGAGAUGGAAAGCCAAUAGUUAAACCAAUAACGGAAAGACAUUUGAAGCAAUUUAGAGAUGGGGGUGGUAUUAACACACAAGUGAUAACUUGUAUUGGUAUGGAGCAAUGGGAGAAACAUAAGAAGAAAGGAUUCUUACAACAGCAUAGAAAGAGGAAUGCCAUGUAAUAUAUUUUUAUGUUAUAUUUUUAUUUUUUUAAUCUGUUUUAUUACUCAGAUGAACUGAUGUAUUCAUGUUUACAAUCUGACAAUUGUCUUUCAUUUAUUGUAGACACUCAUUUAAAGUAAAUGAAAAAAAUUGUUAAAUUUA